AUGUAUAUGGACCAAUUCCAGAAGAAUCAACACUCAACUUUGAUGACAGCAUAUACCGAGUUAUUGAAACGGGAUAGCAAGUAUGGGAUGACGGAAAAAGAGGUUGACAUUUUAGCCAAUAAUCUGACUUGUGACGUCACUCUCCUGGCUGACCAGCUGAAUGAAGUGACCUCAGUUACGGUUGAGCAAGUUUAUGAUUUAAUGAAGGAUUUGCAGAAAAGAUAUUAUUCAUCCAUCGUUGAACCGAACAAAAUUCAAAAGACGAAUUUAAGUCUUCAUAGCUUUGGCGUCCUACUUAAAGGACGAAUCGUGCAGGAUAAAUUCAUUGAAAUCUUGAUUGAAUGGAUUUAG